GAUCGUGCUGGGGACCUCCUGGAAGGGAGCUCAGAGGCUCGGCCUUCUGCACAUAGUUGAGUGGUGCGCAGCCCUUGGCCGAAGCUGAGGUUUGUUUAUUGGGGCAAAAAUUCCCUGUGAACCAAGAAACCGUUUUGGGUUUUGUAGUCCCAACAACUUAAAGGCUUGAUCGAUUGAAACAACUAGAUACACAUGGUUAUUGGAUCUGAAAGUCCCUGAAGAAAAGUUCUUGGCGGUGGCUUCCUUAUUGUUUCUGUUCAGAAAUGCAACAACUUCUACGUUAUGCUAUGAUCUGCCAACGAUUGCUGAAAAUCUGUUCUACAGACAGACUUGCCGAGACGGACUCAUUUUUGUUUAGAAUCAUGUGGCAAAUACAAUGGAAAAAUGGCAGGAGCUGAAGAGCUAGCAGGAAGACUAUGGUAGUCUUGCCUUUCUUUCUUUCUUUCUUUCUUUCUUUCUUUCUUUCUUUUUCUUUCUUUCUUUUUCUUUCCUUUCUUUCUGCCUUUCCAGUGUUUUGUCUUAGAAUGGCAUGGAACAAGACACCUUCAGACAUGUUCUUUCACUUUAAUGAGAGUAUCCAAUUCACCACCUCUGCUCAUACAUCCUUUCCAGUUUCACUCAGGAUAUUAAUGGCUAUAGUAAUGCUCCUUAUGAUUGCCAUUGGAUUCUUAGGCAACACCAUUGUCUGCAUGAUAGUUUACCAGAAGCCAGCCAUGCAUUCCGCAAUAAAUCUACUUUUAGCUACACUGGCUUUCUCUGACAUUAUGUUGUCUUUAGUCUGCAUGCCAUUUACUGCUGUCAGCAUUAUUACAGUAAACUGGAAUUUUGGAGCUCACUUCUGCCGCAUAUCUGCCAUGCUUUACUGGUUUUUUGUCUUGGAGGGGGUCUCAAUACUUUCAAUCAUUAGUGUGGAUCGAUUCCUCAUUAUUGUCCAGCACCGAGACAAGCUGAACCCCCACCGUGCCAAAGUCGUGAUAGCUGUUUCGUGGGUCUUCUCGUUCUGUAUCUCCUUCCCUUCCGUUGUUGGGUGGACAUUUGUGGAGGUACCAAGCAGGGCUCCCCAGUGUAUCCUUGGAUACUCUGAAUUCCCUUCAGACCGAGCUUAUGCAGUGAUGCUGCUUGUGGUCACAUUCUUUGUCCCUUUUGGCAUUAUGUUGUAUUCUUACCUUUGCAUCCUGAAUACUGUCCGUCAGAACACAGUCCGGAUCCACAACCACACAGAGAACAUCUGCCUCAGCCAGGUGAGCAGGCUAAGUCUAAUAGGACUGCAAAAGCCUCACCACAUUGAUGUAGACAUGAGCUUCAAAACUAGGGCAUUCACUACCAUCUUUAUUCUGUUUGUUAGCUUUUCCCUAUGCUGGCUUCCGUACACAGUCUUUAGCCUGAUGUCUGUCUUCAGCCGACGGUUCUAUUACAGCCCCUCUUUCUAUAUCAUUAGCACUUACGUACUGUGGCUAAGUUACCUCAAGUCCGUUUUCAACCCCAUCAUCUACUGCUGGAGGAUCAAGAAAUUCCGUGAGUCCUGUCUGGAGUUCAUGCCAAAAACAUUUAAAAUCUUUCCUCAAGUGCCUGGACGGACAAAACAGAAAAUAAGGCCGAGCACAAUAUAUAUCUGCAGUAAUCCCCCAUCUGGAGUUUAGAAGUAAACCAUGGUCAUUAAUGUAUUACAAAGGAAAAUGUGGAAUGAAUGAAUUCAACUGUGGUUGAAUAGACACUAGGUGGUUUUAUCCUGGUAAAAGAAAUCCUCGUUCAGCAGUUAUCAAUUUUGAAAUUAGAAAUAUUUCUUCUACACUGCCUUUAAUAGUGUUAAUACUGUCUGUAGUAGUGUUUUAUGAAUAAGGUACACAUCCAGAUUGUUGGGGGUAGUAUGCUGGCUCUGUAAACCACUUAGAGAGGGCUGUAAAGCACUAUGAAGCGGUAUAUGUCUUAAGUGCUAUUGCCAUCAUAUUUGAGGAUUGUCUGUGUUUCAAGUUGAAUUACAGCACAUAAUCACAUUACAUUAUCCUAAAUGUGGUUUUAUCAAAUCUACUGCCAAUAAUAACACCGCCUUUGUAAUUUUAUUUCCUUCCAAUUAAAAGAAUAAACAUCAAGAUACCUGCUUUUUUAUUUCAGUGUCUAUCCCUUCUAUCAAAUUGGUUGUCUUGCAAAAACAAGUAUCAAAUUGCAACCUGAAUAUCUUACAGGGAGAACCAUUUUUGCACAAGUCCAUUCUGACACUUUACAGUUGGGCUUGGUUUAGAUCUCUCGGUCUACCUUUAAAUAAUGGAAGAUAAUCAAGGUUCAAAUUACGGAACAUGGAUGAUUUAACCUUUUCCCCUGCUAGAGUCCUUACCAAAAGUGCUUCUUGCACACACAAAAAGCCAUUGAAAUAUCCCACAAAUAAGGAUUGUGGUCAUCAAGAUCACAACAGAAGGAAAACAAAUCCCUUACGAUACAUAGGCAAUCAGUUCUGAUUGUAAUUAUUUGUUGUUGUGAUUUCAAAUGAAAAUAGGCAAUAAACAAAUUAAAUACAUUACAGCAUUUAAUACAGGUAUCCUCUGAACAAUGACAGGUCACUUAACAACCUUUCAAAGUUAUAACAGCCCCCCCUCCCCCAAAAAUGCCUACAUGCCAGUGGUGGGUUCCGGGCGGUAAGGCCCGGUACAGACGUACCGGUGGUAGUUGCGGCCCUCAGUGAAAUUGAGUUUGACACCCCUGCCUUAGACCAAGAGCACAGAUAAACCUCCAAGUGGUCUCAACAAGUCUCGGACCGGAUGACUGGGACAAGAAAUAUAAAUCCUUCCAUUCUCCACAGUUCAGUCAGAAGUGAAGCAGCUUUUGGGAUGAGAAGUGAAAUGUCUUCAAGGAAAAACAAAGUCCAGUUGCCUUUUGAAAAAGCACUUUUGGAAUAUUAAAGCUACACAACAUAUUUUCAUUACACAUAAACCACCUAAUGCAACUGGAUUUAGUUUAAUUUUAGUAGAUGGGAACUGUUGACUAGAAAACUACACACACGUGCAUGUUAUUGACAGGAGUAGAGAACUUGAAGGGACAAGCAUAUACUGUAUAUUGAAUAAUAAUGCCUUUCCUUAAAUCAAGGUGAUCAGUAACUGAAGAUGUUACCUAGUUUGGUAAUGAAAUGUCUGCAAGAAAAAAAAGUUCAGAGAGCACCAAGGACCCCUCAUGUUAAUCCUGUGCUACAUUCUCCUUUAGUAGUGAUUAAUAACUGUUAGCCCUAGAAGCUGCAUAAGGCUGUAGCUAGUGAGUUGCUUGCUGAUAUACAUUCAUAAUCAUGCAGAUAAUAUAGUUUAUUCUUCCAAACUUUUACAGUGCUCAUUUUCUAAAAGACUUAAUAACUGUAAUGUUCAAUUAGUAUGAAAAUCAAAGUAUUUGAUUUCUAGCAUUCACACUCAACAUCAUCUGUACCAGUGAU